ACCAGAGCAGAGGGAGCGUGAAUCUUGAUGGACAAUGGAAAAAGUGGACCUGAAUUGAGUUGACAAAUUAGAUUUGCGGUGUAGCAGCUUUGCUCAAUGGAUCUGGCCGUAAUUGACCCGACUCCAUUCAUUGACUGGACUGAGUGUCGCAAAUGAGCUGCGGGUUUGUGAUUUUUCGGUGCCACAUUGAAAAACUGAUAUUUUUGGCUUGACCUUCGUCGGAGGAAAAAUUAUGGCUGAUGACUUCCGGAAGUCACUUUUGUUGAUCGUUUUUCUAACCACUUUGGGUGGCGCUUUGACUAUUUUGCCGGAAGAUUACCCAAGAAACACGAGAUUCAAUUGUAACAUUUUGGCAAGGAAAGGUAUUGGAUUCGCGAUCAAUCGAGUGGUGCUGGAUAUGAGCGAUUGCCACGAGCAAUAUGUGAAUCUUCUGGCCAUCAACAAUAAUGCUCAAUACUGUCGUCAACUGUCGACAUCUGCCGAGUGUAUUAGAAAACACGUCGCCGAUAUUCUUGUUUGUUUACCUGAGAUGGAACCGAUAACAGAUUUCUUCCAGGCUGUGCAUGGCAUUCAAGAAAAGGUUUGCUACAAAUAUCGCCGGAAUUCAACAGAGCUCAUGUUAACUUUCCCACAAUGGAGAUGUGCAGCCGGUUUGAGCCCAAUCGGAAAUGAUUGUGCCAAUACACUGGGGAAAAUGCAAACGAUCCGGUUAGAAGAGUUCUCUUUCCGUGAAUGCCAUGACAUAGUAUCAAUGAGAGAUUGCUUCAGCCAGCAGCUGGUGGAAUGUCGCCGAUCGUCAGAACUAGUGAGCUUGUACAAUAAAUACAUGCGAAAUUUACUCAAGCUGACACCCUGCGAGAUGCCGGAAAAUGCCAACGAUUAGUACAAUUCUUGAACAUAUUUGGAUUAUUGAUGGUGAUUCAUUAUAGUGAUUAACUCUAUAUUUAAAAUACUCAGAAAAACAAAACCUUGAUAGCUAUUUUCGUAGAA